UUGAUCCGUGGAAUGCAUGCAAUCAAUAAUUAAUGUAGACUUUCGCUGUUUGUGAUUGAUGUGAGUUUCUUGGACUGAACUGCUUCUCAUAUGAGGCCGUAUGUUGGCCAUUCUGUUGUAAACAACGUUUUUUUAUUACCACUGAAACUUCCUGGAAAUCUGGAGACAUAUGAUCGCUUGGUUUUAGGAUUUUUAGGGACAGUUGUUGUCUCUCCCCGAACUCCGGCUACUUCCCGCAUACCGCCUGGUAUUGGUUUCUGUGCAGUUCGACGCCACAACAACACGAAUGCAUAGCUGAGAUACGGCGACGCCACGAAAUAUUGAUGUCGUCGAGCUGUGCAAUCCCAUCAUCCAGAGCGUAGUUUAAACCACCACACGUUAGAAUGGCAGAGCAAGAGGUUUCGCAAGCAGCCGUCCCAAAUGAGUCCGCAGCUGGACCUCCUGCGCCCACAGAGGGCGCUGCAGAUGGUGGGGGAGGAGGAGGAGGCGCAGGAGGUGCCUUGGCAAAUAUGGGUAACAAUAUAAAGAACAAGGUUGGAGACCUUGUCGACAAAAUUCCUCUUCCAACAUGGGCAGUGAUAGCCAUAGCCAUAGUAGCCGGCCUUAUACUCCUCUGCUGUUGUUUCUGCAUCUGUAAAAAAUGUUGCUGUAAAAAGAGGAAAAAGAAGGAAGGGAAGAAGGGGUUGAAGGGGGCAGUCGACUUGAAAAGCGUCCAGAUGCUGGGCAACAGUUAUAAAGAGAAGAUCCAGCCCGAUGUUGAUGAUCUAGAUAACGGAGGGGACGAAGAAGGCGAUACCGACUCCGUUAAGUCUGAGAUCAAGCUAGGAAAGCUACAGUUUUCGCUGGAUUACGACUUCCAAGAAGGAAAGCUAAAUGUCGGUGUCAUGCAAGCGUCCGAGCUCCCGGGGAUGGAUUUCUCGGGGACAUCGGAUCCCUACGUCAAGGUUUACCUCAUGCCGGAUAAGAAAAAGAAGUAUGAAACCAAAGUCCACAGAAAGACCCUCAAUCCCGUCUUCAAUGAGACCUUCACAUUCAAGGUGCCAUACAGUGAAGUUUCGAGUAAGACACUUGUGUUCGCCAUCUAUGAUUUUGACCGGUUCUCCCGUCAUGACAUCAUCGGGGAGGUCAAGGUCAAACUGAGUCAGGUCGACCUGGGAAGUGUUGUUGAAGAAUGGCGUGAUCUACAGAGCGCUGAGGUUCCAGGAGGAGAGGUAAUCAGUCCUAGCAAGCUCAGGAGACAUCUCUUCUCCCUACGUUACGUCCCGACGGCAGGAAAACUGACAGUGUGUUAUGGAAGCAGACCUCAAGAAAAGGACGUUGGUGGACUAUCAGAUCCAUAUGUGAAGAUCUCCCUACAUGAACAAAGGAUGAAGAAAAAGAAGACCACCAUUAAGAAGAGGACGUUGAAUCCUUACUACAACGAAUCUUUUGGCUUUGAGGUGCCAUUUGAACAGAUUCAGAAAGUGACGCUGGUGGUGACUGUAGUGGACUAUGAUCGCAUGGGCAGCAGCGAACCUAUCGGUAAAGUGGUACUUGGAUGCAAUGCCACAGGGGCGGGACUCCGUCACUGGAGCGACAUGCUGGCGUCGCCACGGCGACCAAUCGCCCAAUGGCAUACACUCCAAGAACCCGAGGAAAAUAAGUAGACAACCACAAAAUUAUUAUAUAUCACAAAAGCUAAUAUAACAUGUUAAUAGAAUGAUUAUAUUCAAGUGAUUUUACAUAUUUAUCACGUCCCAUAUGAUUGGAUUUAUAUUUUAUGACAAGAAAAAUCAAAUUCUGGAAACACAGAAAACCACGACCCAUGGAUCUAUGAAUACUCAUGACAAAUAUUCAUAUACACAUUCCCUGUGUGGAUUGGUAUUGAAUGUCAUGAAAGCAUAGCUUCGUGUAGUGUAUUUAAAUCAGGUGGAUUCCCUUAACCACGAUUCCGCUGCUCCUAGGUCCGCUCUUGGUUGUGGUUUUCUGUGUGAACAGGGUACCAGAUCCGGAUCGUCCCACAUCUUUGGUGCGGGAUAUUCCCAACUGGUCCCGCAAGUAAAUAAAAUGAUUUUCCAAUGAAAUUAAAAAAAAAAUUAUAGACACGAGAGCCUGUAUGGAAAGCUUAGCUGCCUACGCUGUUGUAUUACUCAAGUCAUUUACAAAAUCAGCGAGAUUUUAAAGCAAUUUUUAUUAUAUGUUUUAUCUGUUUUUGAUGUUUCUUUGAACGAGCCCACCCUAUUUCAAUAAAUUUGACAGGGUGGUGCUCGUUUUUAGCAUGCUGUUGAUUUAGAAAAUCUUUAGGCUGGUUUAGCUUUGUAUUCAGUCAGUGCCGUUCACAUAUGGCAGACUAGAUUUCUUUCUGUUGACAUUCUGUACUCCGCCUCUGUUGAUGUCAGCUCGUUGAAACCGAAGCCACCUAUCGUAGAAGUGCAAGAAUGGAAGUUUGUGAAAAGAGGAAUGUCGCGAUACCACCGCCGUAAUUUCACCAAAGCAAAGCCAGCCUAAAGAUUUAGUACCUUUUUACCCGUACCUCAGUUUCAGUUUUAUGGUUUUAUGUAUUUAUUUUCGCUUGAUAUAUAUAUUUAUAUUCAUCAUGCUGAAGCGCAGUGUUGCUGGCGAGAAUGCUCGCUGCUUUGGUAUGGUCAGUAUUCGUUACUGAAAUGGUGUGAAAAUCGAUGAUCGCAGAGUCUGAGUCCAGCCAGAUUCUGCGAUCUCUUUCAUACCGAUGACCCCCCUCCCUUCCCCGCCCUUCUCCCCCCUCCUUUAAUUGUUAAAGGCGACUAGCGCCCUCUCCCAUCCAGCACCUUUCCCGCUAUAGCACCCCCAAUCCUUCUGUUUUGUUGCCGCGUUUUUAAGUUCAGUGGGGAACGGAUAAACUUUUCAGUGUGUCUGCUGAACCGUGGAUACCUGUGAACGUGAUUUAGUCGUCUGUCGAGUAGGAACGGGACAAGAAAGCAACCGGGUCUCGGAGGGAAGCGUCCCUCAAAACCAUCGCAAAAACCUCUGCGUUUCGGGCAUCAGGGUUUAGAAAAGGAAUGAAAAACUGAUGCCAGUUAAUGAAUGAUAUCGAUGGCUUUGCGGGUAUUUUAUUUCUCCGAGAUCAGGUUGUUUGUAAACGUUCGUCUUCCUCCCCCACCCUUCCUUCAUUUUCUUGCUAAAAUAUUUUCAAAAGGGCUUCUGCUACAACAAGCAGGCGUCGAUGGCGUGGUGAAAUCGUUUACAGAGAAAAACUAAUGCGAUCAUCAGUUUCAAUCCAUCUAUCAUCUGUACUAGUUACUCAAUUCCUGUUGUGAUCAUUUCAACUAUUUGUGACAAAAUUUGUUUUGCUUCUAUGCUCUAUGACAGGGGUUCUCAAACUACGGGCCGGAUCCGGCCCUUGGAACUUCUCGAUCCGG